UCACACAAUCAAGCACACUUGACUGUCGUGUUUUGAUGACGCCAUCACUGGGACUUUCCGGAUACGUCACUAGGGGCUUCCGAGUUAUUUAGCUAGCUCUGCCGCUGUGUUCAUGUCGUUUAGCCGUGUAAACGUCGCUGCGUCGGUCUGGAGUACACAGCAAGAAGAACAUGAACACCCCGAAGGCUCCUAAGAGCCACAAAGAGUGUGACUGUUGAGACUUCGUCGCCAGGAACGACGGUGUGAGAGAGGCAGAAUGUCAACAACGCGGCCCCUCCUCGGAAUGAGACGAGUCACCGAGCUAACGUGCCCGGAGCAGCCAGGCAGCAGGCUGCCUGCGUCCGCCGGCAGGCAGCAGCAAGAGAGCCCGACAGUGGACGAGUUUACGGUGCUGGAGGAUAAAGAAGAUGAGCUUAAAUGCGCCAAACCGAGAGUGGAGCAGGUUUUUAAAGUAGCGUUCACCAUUAUCGGCUUGCUGGACCACACAGGACAGUCGCACGGCAACAAAACAUUACGGCAGAUAUGGCUGCAGCUCAGAGGCAACAGAGAAGACGUGUCGAAGGCAAAGGAAUAUGUUCGAGGACUGUGCGACCCAGAACUGCAGAAAGAAGAGCGGUACCCGGUGGAUAUGCACUGUAUCUUUGCUGGCGCCAGGGGCCUUUUUUUGGACAGGCUCAUACGGGACACGAGCGCUGAAGUUCUGGUGCAAGAGCCGGGCUGCCUGCGGCUGUUGGGUCGGGCCGAGCCCGUGGUGAUGGCUCAAAGCCGAGUUCAGCAGUUUGUAGCACUGUUCCAAGAGAAGCGAAGUCUACCAUGUGACACAGAACCAACCGUAAAACGAGCAUUCAAGUCCUUCGUGGAGGAAAGGGAUGACAAGUACACUAUGGAGCUCUUGCUGCUUCCCAGUGCGCUGAAGGAGGAGUUGCUGGGACUUGUUCACACCCCUAUGAACACAAACACCUCUUCUCUGACUCAGCUCAACCAGAUGCUCCAUCCAAGCAUGUCGGAGGUUGACCAGGACCGCUCACAGAGCAGCACCCCUGUGACGGAGCUCUCCAACCGCAUCCUGGACACUAGUUUUGAGGAGCGAGGGACCACGCCAUCAUCUCUUGGCGGAGGCAGUAAACCAGGAGGUGGAAUCGGUUUAGGUCCCGAGGCAGUCCUGCAUAACAGCAAUCGGCCCACGCACAAGCGGCGUUCAUCGGGCAGCGAGACGCGGGAUACAAAGAGACAGUACUCUCUGGAGCGGAGGGAAGAGUCGCCGGAGAGAGCAAGAGAAAGGGAGCGACAGAGGGACAGAGAGGGCCGGGGGGGCAGUAGCAGCUGUAGAUCCAAAACCCCCUCUGCUUCGUCGUCCCUCUCCUCAGCGAAGGCAAAUACCGUAUCUGGGCCCAACAUGCUGGACUCUGCUGAGGGGGUCUCGGAUGAGGGAGAGGCGGUCAGCCCAGAAACCAACCUCCGCUGCUUGGUCAAUUUUUUCAGAACCAUGGGUUACCAGCAGGAAGUGGUGGAACGUGUUGUCAAGGCAACGGGACAGACGGAAGAUACCUUCCUCGUCCUUGAGAAGAUCGUGGAGGAAACUAAGCGUUGUGAAGAGAGCUUGAAAGGAGGGGAAAAAGAAAGAAGACUAAACUCUGUGCGCACCUCAGACGCUCGCUCUUCAUCGUCAUCCGUCUCUGCAGCCUCCUGCUUCAGAGAGGAGCUCGAGCUGAGCAGGCUGUCGGCGGACCCGGGGAGAUCUAAAGAGAACAUCAAGCCCAACCAGUAUGGAAGCAGCAGCAAUGGGCUUGGGCACAGGAGGCAGUGCAGCGGCAGCGAAACGAGCACUCAGCAGGCGAUCACUAUUAAGAGGAGCUCGAGCGCUCAAGGAGGAGCAGGAAACUAUGAGGUCAUUACCAUUGAUGACGAUGACGACAUCAUCCCCACUGAUACCAAAACGGCAGACAGAAUGUCUCGGAUGAUCGCGGUGGCGCACCUCAACGCGCAGUCGGGUUCCAGGACCGACUAUUUGGCACGAGGAGGCGGCGGCAUCCCGCAGAGGGACUACUUGUCCCGAGGUGGGACUCAGACUUUGGGGGGAUCGGUGAAGGUCGAGACCGUAACGGCGCUGCGCAGCACGCCUCAGUGGCUGACGGCCACCACUGCAUCCCUGGCUUCAACCACCAGUUCAGCUCAGCCCAUCGCCCGACCCUCAGCCUCUUCCUACCAGACAAUCAGCCACACGGGGUUCCACGGGGCAGCAGCACGGACGCCGCCCACAAAUGACCCACCGGCCCCACCGGUGACUGGCCUGGCUCGUUUCCAUCAGUCGCUGAGGACUCCCUACAAGCUGAACCUGCCCAACGAGCCGGGACGCCCAGACCUCAGACACAUCAUCAUAGACGGCAGCAACGUGGCUAUGGCUCAUGGCCUUCAUCGGUUCUUCUCCUGCCGUGGUAUAGCACUAGCAGUGGAGACAUUUUGGAAGAGAGGACACAGGGAAAUCACAGUCUUUGUCCCCCAGUGGCGUCAAAAGAGGGAUCGACUAACAACAGUCCAGAGAUUCCAUGAAUGUGGGACCAGCACUGGGCGCGCUCUUUCUGGACCGCUGCACCAGCUCACGACCGGUUUCCUCUCCUGA